UCGUGACACCGCGUCUCUUUACCCGUUUCUCUCUUGUCAGCCUUAUGACAACAAGGAAACGUGGGAGAAGUUUGCCAGCUGAGCCGAUCCCGUCGAUGAUCGAUGAGUGACCGGAGGGGUCGGACGGAACAGUGCGCGGUACUUGAAACAUUCUGUCGGCGAAGUGACCGUUGACGAAGGGAACAUCUAUCGAACGAACGUUACCGAUGACUCGAUGCCGCGGCAAGAUGAAAAAUGUGUCUUGAACGUUGUUACGCGCUACGAGUGACGCAUUGAACUUCGUACGUGAAUGGAACGAGAUCCUCUUAUCAAUGUUUGCGAUCUGCUUUGGGAGAUACCGCGCGAUAUACGCAGCCAACGUGUCGCGGUGAAGCACGUUGAGGAAUGAACCUCUGUUUCGUCUCUGGAGUGACCUAUGUGCGGUUCGUUGAGCCUGUUCUCCUGCACUUUUGGGAGUACAACAGGUAGACAGUGGAAUUCGGUGGUAACUAUCGACGAUCGUUGACGAUCGGAUCACAUGAUCUGCACCGUAGCCGUCCAAUCGGGAAUUAAGAUACGAUAAUCAGGCGAUGCGUCCUCGGCGCACGAGAGGUUAAUUGUCCAAGAGCAUCGAACCACGAUUCUUACCGCGGUAAAGGCGAGCUUAGUAGCAUUUAAUCGUCGCUUGCAUGUGGGUCACAAGUUGCGUUCGCCAGAGCUAACGGGAUAGAGGGUUUACCGAGUAGAGAGGAGGAAAAUGUGGAGCUCGGUAACCGCGGCUGGCACUGAAAAUGGGCCCGCACCACCCUCCAGAAGCAAGCACAGCGCCACUUUGCUCGCCGGGCACGUGUAUCUACUCGGUGGACGAAACGGCAAUCUUCCCCUCAAGGAUCUCUGGCGAUACAGCCUCGCCGAGAGCAAAUGGGAAGAAUUGCAUCCCGGGGGCGAGAGACCGCCGGCGCUUCAGGAGCACAGCGCGGUGGCUUACAAGGACUGCCUUUACGUUUUCGGGGGUGAGCUCGGCUUUUCCGCAGGCACGGAAACGCCGCUCUGGAUUUACAAUGUCAAGACCAACAUAUGGAGAAAGGUGAGAGCGCAACGGGGUUGUGCAGUUCCUAGGGGACGAAGAGGACAUUCGGCGUUGGUUCAUCGUGGCCAGAUGCUCAUCUACGGCGGCUAUCAGGAUUUGCGCGGAAGUUCCCCGGAAUUGUGGGCAUUUCACUUUGAGACGGAAUCCUGGCACCUUCUUUCGUCCAGCGAAUGCGGUCCAGCGGCGAGACAUAAACAUUCCGCGGUACUGCAUGGCGACGCCAUGUACGUUUACGGAGGUAUGACCGACCUGCAAGAGAGAAGCGACUGUUGGCGAUGGGACGUAAACGCAGCUUCCUGGUGUCUGUUGAAAAAUAAACCCGGACCCGGACCUCUUCACGGCCACGCAGCUUGCAGGCUACCCAGUUGCAUGCUAAUUUUCGGCGGUGAAAGCGGCGGUCUAGCCACGAACGAGCUAUGGAGGUUUCAUUUCGGUACGGAAACGUGGGAGAAAUUGUCGGUGCAAGGUCCCAAACCACAACCGAGAGCGGAGAGCGUCGCUUUGGCGGUUUCUGAACUGAUCAUUCGAGGGACCAACAUUGACAAUCCGAAGCUCAAGCCAAGAAAUCAGAGGACGAGGCUUUGCAACAAUAGAAUAUCGCCGAACGAAGCGCCGGCCAGGCCGAGCUUUCUUAAAGAAAUUUCGAAAUUGUCGCAGAUCAACCUGUCGCGGCUGAGUCAUCCGACGAAAUGUAGCUAUUCCGUUUUGAGCGGCCAAGACGACAACGAGGAAAGUCCGCAAGAAGCAAACACGUAUUAUCCAUUUCAGCAAGUGGACGCGGAGGUGAUCGAGCCGUCGACGGGAAUGGUGAAGUCCCGAAGCGCCAACACGCUCGCGCGUCGAAGACAAAAGCCACCGGAGACGACGCCGAAAAUCAUCGACGCCAACAACGCAAACAACAAUACCACCAACUGCGGGAUGACCAGAGACCCAAUCUCGGUGCCAAAUUUCCGUGCACUGACCCUGCCCACGCCAGUUUUGACACCCGUGGAAGCUGCGAGACUCGUAUUCGUCGAUCCCGACGAAAACAGCGACAACGAAGAACGCAAGGAACCCCCGACUUCCAGACUGAUAGAAGUCCAAGAGGAAAGACGAGAUUUCGCUGCCAUGCAUCAAGCCUGCCAACCUACCCGCGGCGAAAGUUACAGCUCUCACCUUUACGAGGCGGCACUGCAAACACCAAAGACACCAACCGCGUCGAAGAUACCAACGUCCGCUUCGGUCAGGUUCGCCGAUUUGGAGGAGGGCGAGGAAUCGACGUCGGAUUACGCGAGCAUAGAGGCUAGAAGUCCCGGCGAUCCUCUCGGCGACGACGAUUGGCCGUCAGGACGGAAGAGCAAACAAUAUCGUUCUAUAGUUACUCCGUCGACGAUACGCGAGGGCCAGUUCGGUUUCUGCAAUCCGAAUUACCUUGGACUGGACGAGACGAGGAACCAUCAUCACCAGCAACAGCAGCAGCAGUCUCAGGACGGCAAGUACGCGAAGAUGCUGAACAGUCCGCCGGACAGCGUGUUGGAGGACGAGCCAGGUAGAUCUGCGUCCCAGACGUUCGCGGAACUGUUGGAGCUGCAGGAAAUCAAAAGAGUGCCGAGAGCUCCGCCGAAAAGUUUGCCGUUAGGCUCUCCAUCCAGAAGGGCGGUGAGCGCGUCGAGGGCGGAAAGGCAGAGAGCAAAGGUAGCCGCAGCGGACAUCCACGAAACGGAAACGCCGUCGUACGGGCCGGCGCCGCUCUACGUAUUUUUGGUCGGUGGCAAAGAGAAAGGUCAGGUCACGGUGUUUGCCAGGCCAGUUUCUUUAUGGAAGUUACAGUUAGCGCCUCACAUCUUUUAAUUUCCCAUUAUUCGAACAGCUCGGUUCGAGUCGUCCAAUCAAAAGAAACAAUCGAGUAUCAUUCUGUUGCUCCUCGUUACUUGCGAGGAACGGUUAAACGUUUGGUUUCCUUUUCGUUUCCCGAUUAAUUGCAAACCGAAAUGUUAAUUCGAACGUUCGUUUCGAGUUCUCAGCUAUUUCAAUUGCGCGUGAGUAUAAGUCGGUGAGUGUAGCUCUCUAGUGCCAAGUGUUGCUUUAUCGUUUGUAGAACUUUCAGUUGUAUUUAGACGUCAAUUAUUGCCGUCGUUACAUUUUAUAGCGCAACGUCACAUUGUGAUUGGCGCAACUCGAGCUUAAAACGUUGAAUUUAGUCUGCUAGAUUUUGAGGGGAUAUCAUAACGCCAUAUGAAUUGGUCACGUCGCCAGAUAUAAUUUCCGAUAUUAAUAUUUCGUUCGAACGAUUCUUUUCCGUACCUAACGUUUAAAUAAACACAGAGUUUAACGCGAUUGAAAAAUUAGAGCUGUUUCAGUUUUUCGUUCAACGAUAUCUCGAUAGCAUAUCGUCGAUUAAUUGUGGUCUUUUCCAGACCAAAUAUACCGAAUGCAUGCUUACAUAUAUAUCGAAUAUUCGCGGACGUUUGAAUUCGAAAUUAAUUCGUUUCCUUUGCUACUCAAAUUUUCGUGAGUGUAAUCGUACAAGAAACGUUCACGUUUAAAAUAGGGUCGUAAACGAAUACGUACUAAUCAAGAGUUCAUAUUGAACCGAUUACUUUAAGAUGAUGGUUCUCUGCGCGUUAGUUUGCAUAAUAAUUUACAGUGAACGUUCAUAACGAAGCGCAAGUCAAGCGAGUGGAUCGAAUAGUCCUCUGUUUUUGAAGGCGUCCUAUCAGUUUUAAGUGGUAUAUAGAUAGUAGUAAGUCUUACGGAAAGGUAUAAUUACGACGAGUCAAGGUGGGUAUAUUGUAUUCUAGAUUUAUCGUAAACGAUAAAAUUUUUCAUACUUGUAAUAGACGGAAAUAUACGCGAGGUUCUAGACUGUUCGAAUUUCUCGACUCGAAAAUUAAAACUACUGUGAGCCGUCAACGCUUACACCGACAGUAUCGGAUACUAGUUGAAUGUCAAAAGGCUCGCCUGAUCUGCGCUUAACUUCCAUCGUAUGUGAAUUCAGUAUACGUAGCGUGUAAAAUAGAAGUAAUAUCCACAAGCUUGAGGUAACGUUCAAAAAAGAUCCUGAAUAUAUUGAUGGAAAUCGGUGUGUGGUUGUGCCGAAUGUGUAUAAUUAAAGUACCAUACAAUUAUUCUGCGAAAAUUAGAUUUUUAUAAAAAAGAUAACUCUUAACGGGAUUUUCGUCGAUGAUCGCGACCGAUCUAGAGUAGAAUCGAAAAAAAAAAAGUAUCCAAAGGAGACUGUGUCAAUAUUUGUUUUAGUUUCAUCGCGAAAUAAGCCAUUUCUAAUGCGCGAAGCGUACAAUCGUCGUCGUCGUAUUUCAAAAUAUUGUAGCGUAUAUUGGUCGAAUUUUUACGUGGGUUACGUGAUUUACAAUAAACUCGGGAGUCUCCACCGUGACUAUAUUUACGAACAUAGCGUGUUAGUUCUGAUAGGUCUAUCGUAAGAGGUAAAAAAAAGUGGUAAAAUACGUUGGGAGGUUUCUUGUUCGUGUAGAAUUUUUAUGCCCACAAAGGCCCAAUACAUAUAAUCCAUCCAUAAGUAGCGAAAGGUCGACGUGGUACCUCGUAGGCUGAAUAUUAAGAAACACUUGGUAAACAUUUAUGUAAAAAUUUAUGUAUUCAUUUAAAGGAACACAUAUAAUUUGUGGAUAAUUCUUUCACCAAUAUCAAAGUUACUUCUUAGGAUGUUUUAUGAAAUUUUGCAAAUACGUUUGUUCAAAGGGCAUGUGCAAUAUGUAUAGGAAUAUAGUUAUUUUUUUUUGUUGUUUUACAUAGUUUGAUAGAAGGAUUUCAUAAUAUUCAGCUAGAGGCCUCCAGCACCCAAAAAAUCAAUGUUUUUCAUUCGUAGCACUAGUCAAUUUAACAUCUCAGUGUACAAAAGUUAAGAUGAAUGUUUCGUGAUAUUUCCUUCCUCUCCUAGGAGCCCUUAGCCUAGCAUCUAUUUAUUUUCAGAUAGAUUAAUAUGGUACAAUACUAUCCACAGUGCAGUUUUAUGUUGUACGCAUAACCACUCCCAUAAUCUUGACCAUUUUGGCGUAAAUAGCAAUCUUAGUUAGUUAAUUACCGUGCGUUGUUGGUAAAUUGACAAUCAAAAAAUGCAGAAACAAGAGGAGCGAGUUGUUAGAAUCCUCGACAAGGUUGUUUCACUAUAACCAAUCAGAGUCGCCUUUUUUUCUAUUGUCAGUGCUUACCAGUAACGCACAGUUCUUGUACGAAAUAUACAAUGCCGGUCAGUGUCGCCUUCAGAUUAAUUUUCGUUUGCCAAAUAUUUGCAUCCAAGCAAGACCUUCGAAAGUUUCGUAGAUCGUACACGUUUAUUUUAGCAUGCAGACAAAAGCUUGGAUACAAAAACGAAAGUGAAAGCAAAUCAAAGCGACGCGCAGUUGAAAUAAUUAACAUUUUCGCGUCACGAUUAUUUUACGUUGUAGGUGCGCAUAUAACGCAAUCCGAUAGUCAAUUAUCACUGUGUCAUUGAAUGCGUCCGUUGCCAAAUACGUCUCUUUAGAGUACAUAUUUAUGCCUCGUAAACGAAACACCAGAGUAUAAGCUCGAAGAUAUGGGUUUGGUCCCAAAACGAAAAAAAAAGAGAAAAAAGAAAAAUAACAAUGUAGCUGAUUUGAGUGCCUCUACUUUAUGCAAAUAUAUGCAUUUCAUAUUUUUCUGGACACGGAUGACUUUUUUCGAAAAGAAAUAUUUCGCCACAUUAUCUUCUAGCUUAUGCAUCCCUUUAGCGUUAUCGAUGGCUAUGUGUCGUGCAAGCGAUACGAGUGAAAACAAUAUACAUUAACAGACGGUGUUAUAUGAUAUAAUGUGGUUA